CGCGCAACUGAGCUGGAGCUCCGCCGACCCAGUACACUGCUUCCCUUCCGACACGUUCCACUGAAUCCAGGAACCAGGAGGUGCUCUCCGUCUCCCCCGGUCUCACACACCUGGACAGAACAGCUCAUCAGUCCUGAAGGGGCGGUUCCACUGCACUAAAACAGCUGACUGAAACUGGUCGGUCUGGGGAUGCCAUGUGCCAAGUUUCGUACAGAUUUGAUGCACAGCCUAGGAGGAGAUUCCUAUAUAUCGCGAUAUUUCAGGAAGGAAGAAAAUCUGACGUCAGCCCUCAAAAGUGAAAACUAAAGGGAAACGGCGUCACAUCAACAUUUAGAUUCCAGACAGCAGGUCAGCCCGAGAAGCGCAGAACAGUCACGACUGAGUUGACAAACUUGACAAUGGCACACAGCAAAUUCUUUAUCGUUGUCCUAUUUUUUCUGUGCAACCUGGCUGUGGCGCUCACAGACAGCACUGUGUCCUGCUACAGGAUUGAGCCGGGGACAAUAGCAGGCAUCAUCUGUGCAGAUGUGCUGCUGACCCUUAUCAUUGUCAUUGUCACCUACCGAUGUGCCAGUUUAAGGCGUCAGAAGAUAGAAAAUGCUCACAAAGUGUAUAUGAAUGUACGGGCCAACUGCAAAAGCUAAUCUAAAGAUGGUGCAGUUUUUUAAGAUCCUGUUUUGUAAAAAAAAAAUGCCAUUACAAAAUUGUAUAAAAGAUUCAUUGAUUUUUUUUUUUUUUUUUACAUUAAACCUUUGUUCCAAUAGACACAAGUAGAGUGUCUUGCACAUUUCUGCUUAGCCUUACAAGGUAUGCUUGUGGUCUCCAUCUAUCUGCUUGGAGUUAUUUUGCAAAACCUAAUAAACAAGAGGUGUGUCAGACUGUUUAAACUAAAUCAUGUUCACCAACCUCGUAAAUAAAUCUCUGAAUGCUU